AAGCGGCCCGCGCCCCCCGAGUGUUCGUCCGCUCGUACGUGCAUGCCGUUGCAUUGCCACCACCGGGCGGGCCAUCGACGACCGGGCAGCAUCUCCGGCCGGCCAAGCAGCGCACGGAGUGAGCGCGCGCGCGCGCGAUUCGUCCAUCCAUCCGUACGUCCGCCGAUCGAUCGAACCGCUCACGAUCCCGGCAGGUGUGUCGCCGCCGCCGCCGCCGCCCGGCCGGCUUGUCUGUCGUCAGCCAUGAAGCCGGGCGUGCUGAAGUCUCGGCGGAGCAACGUCGGCGACGAGGAGGAGGGAUCCGGCGGCGGUGGCUUCCCCGCGGCGCCGCGCAAGGAGUGCUGGCUGUCAUUAGGGAUUCUACUCAAGGCCGUGGCGGCGCUGCUGAUCAUGAUGGCCGGCGUGCUGAUCGGCCUCGCCGCCAGCGCCAGCCUGUCGUGCUACUACGUCGACGGCAGCAGCAAGCAGGCGGAGACGCGGCGGGGAGAAGGUGGCGGCGGCGGCAGCGGCGACGGCGGCGGCGGAGGCGGAGGGCCACGGUGUCGCGACGAGGAUUGCGGAGGCGCGGCGCUGAGCUUCCAACGGUUCGUGCAACCGCACCCGCCGUGGGGGCACCCGAUGAAGGACGAGGAGCUGUUCUGGCGCGCGUCCAUGGCGCCGCGCGUGGAGGAGUACCCGUACCAGCGCGUGCCCAAGGUGGCGUUCCUGUUCCUGACGCGCGGGCCGCUGCCGUUCGCGCCGCUGUGGGAGCGCUUCUUCCACGGCCACGAGGGGCUCUACUCGGUGUACGUGCACGCGCUGCCGGAGUACCGGCUGAACGUGUCGUCGUCGUCGCCGUUCCACGGGCGGCAGAUCCCGAGCGGCGACGUGUCGUGGGGGUCCAUCACGCUGGUGGACGCGGAGAAGCGGCUGCUGGCGAACGCGCUGCUGGACUUCUCCAACGAGCGGUUCGUGCUCGUCUCCGAGAGCUGCGUGCCGGUGUUCAACUUCCCGACGGUGUACGAGUACCUGGUGAACUCGCCGGAGAGCUACGUGGAGUCGUACAACAUCAACGUGCCGCAGUGCGCGGGGCGGUACAAUCCGCGCAUGGCGCCCGACGUGCUGGAGGAGCAGUGGCGCAAGGGGUCCGAGUGGUUCGAGCUCAGCCGCGACCUCGCCGCCGACAUCGUCGCCGACCGCCGCUACUACGACAUCUUCCGCAAGCACUGCACGCCGUCGUGCUACCCCGACGAGCACUACAUCCCGACGUACCUCCACCUCCGCCACGGCGCCCGCAACGCCAACCGCACCGUCACCUGGGUGGACUGGUCGCGCGGCGGCCCGCACCCGGCGCGCUUCGGCAAGGCCACCGUCACGCCGGCGUUCGUCCAGGCCAUCCGCAACAACGGCACGCGCUGCACCUACAACGGCAAGCCCACCACCAUGUGCUACCUCUUCGCCCGCAAGUUCGCGCCCAGCGCGCUCCGCCCGCUCCUCAAUAUGUCCACCACGCUCCUCGAAUUCUGACCUCCCUUCCUCUUCUUCUUCCUCUUUCUUCUUCUUUUUCUUCUUCUCCGGUACAACUAGCUUGUUAGCUCAUCGAUGGAUGAUUCUUUCCCUGUAAAUUUCUGACUGUCGUCCUGAUUUUGAUGAUUUGUACUCUCGAUUUUUUUCCGAGAAAUGAAUUGAUAGCUUUCUCCAAAUCGAGUAUGGAAUAUGGAUAGCUAGUAAUGUUGGAAAAAUUGAUCUGUCUGCUGUAUUCAUGUGCCCUUGGGCCUGU